UAAACAUGUUGUGUGUGCGUGUGUGUGUGCGUGUGUGUGUGUGUGUGUGUGUGUGUGUGUGUGUGUGUGUGUGUGUGUGUGUGUGUGUGUGUGUGUGUGUGUGUGUGUGUGUGUGUGUGUUUGUGUGUGUGUGCGUGUGUGCGUGUGUGUGUGUGUGUGUAACAGGUCAUAAACACUCUGUCCAUCCUGUCCCAUUCUGCUGUGGCUGUGCAAAAAGGAUUUAUGCCUUUUCCUUUGGAUGGAUCUGCUCCUGACGAUGAGAUCUACAGCGGCCUGUCAGACCAGAUAGAUGACACUGUGGAUGAGGAUGACGACUUGUAUGAUUUUGUGGAGGAUGAAGACAAUGAAGGCGAUGGGAUUUAUGAAGAUUUGAUGAAAACAGACGAACAGCCUGAAACUCAACAGAAAACUGGAGUUGACAAGCGAGAAUGCUGCCUGCAGGAAAUCCGACAGACCGAAGAGAAAUACACUGAUACACUGGAAUCGAUCUUAAAGCACUUUAUGAAGCCUCUUGAAAGGUAUCUCCAGACUCAAGACAUUGAAAACAUCUUCAUCAACGUGAAGGAGUUGGCUAGCACGCACCGUAGUUUGCUGGACGAAGUACGGAAUUCCAUUUUAAUGGAAGGUGCCAAGACUCUACACCAGGUGUUUGUGAAUUACAAGGAGAGGCUCUUGCUGUAUGGUCAUUACUGCAGUCAGGUGGAAGCAGCAACCAAACACCUGGACAAGCUCUCCAGUAUGAGGGAGGACGUCAGGAUGAAGUUGGAGGAGUGUUCAAACAGAGCAAACAGCGGCCGAUUUUCUCUCAGAGAUCUACUCAUGGUUCCAAUGCAGAGAGUCCUCAAAUACCACCUGCUGUUACAGGAGCUAAUGAAACACACCAAUGACCCCACAGACAAAGAGAACCUCCGAACAGCCCUGGAUGCCAUGAGAGACUUGGCGCAGUGUGUGAAUGAAGUGAAACGAGACAACGAGAUCAUCAAACAAAUCACCAGCUUCCAGAUGUCAAUAGAGAACUUGACUCAGUCUUUGGCUGUCUUUGGUCGGCCGAAGAUUGACGGGGAGCUGAAGGUCUGCAGCAUGGAGAAGAAGUCUAAACAGGACAGGUACGCGUUCCUUUUUGAUAAAGCUGUGAUCAUUUGUAAAAAGAAGAGCGGAGAGACAUUUGACCUCAAAGAGAUCAUUGAACUAAAUCACUACCAGAUAAGAGAUGAAACCACAGGAGAGAAGGACAAUAAAAAGUGGUCAUAUCUGUUCCUCCUCUUGGAUUGCUAUGGAAAGUGUGGCUACGAUUUCUUCUUCAAAACCAGAGAACUGAAGAAAAAGUGGCUGGAACAGUUUGAGAUGGCUUUGUCAAACAUGUGUCCUGAGAAUGCCAACGCAAACAAUCACGACUUCCAGAUGUUCUGCUUUGAGGAAACCACGUCCUGCAAGGCCUGUUCGAUGCUCUUAAGAGGGACCUUUUUUCAAGGCUAUCAAUGCACUCGAUGUAAAAUGGCAGCGCAUAAAGAGUGUUUAGGCAGAGUGCCGGCAUGUGGACGGAUCUCAGAUUUUUCUGCCACUGUGAGAAAAAAUAAAACGCACAAGUCUCCUGCCCAGUCCAGCUUUGGUUUUCCUAAGAUGGAGGUUUGUCAGGAGUAUUACGGCUUGCCACCACCCCCGGUGGGCUUCGGACAGCCUCUUCAACUCUUGAGAGGUGACAUCAUCGAGCUGACCCGGGCUGAUAUUGACCUGACCUGGUGGGAGGGCAGAAACCUGACAGUUGGCCAGGUGGGAUGGUUCCCCUGCCAGAGAGUCCAACCCUACAUCUCUAGACCAGCCCCAGACCUGUCUGACUUCCUCUGGUUUGCGGGAAACAUGGAUCGCACCGCUGCCAAAAACCUGUUAAUGUCGCGGUCUGAUGGGACCUUCCUGGUACGGCAGAAGGAUGCAGGAGAAUUUGCAAUCAGCAUCAAGUUCAACAUGGACAUCAAACACAUUAAGAUCACCUGUAUUGAGGGCCUGUAUCGCAUUAACGACAAAAAGGCCUUCAAGAGUUUGAUCGAGAUGAUUGAGUUUUACCAGCAGAACUCUUUAAAGGAGUACUUCAGGGACGUGGACACCACGCUGCACACACCUUACAAACAACCAGAGCAAAGCAACUCCUCUAACAACACACCAAACACCACACCAGGGGGCAGCAUAAAGAGCUUCGGUGUUGCGAGAGCCAGGUACGACUACUCAGCCAGGGACCGCACAGAGCUCUCACUGAGGGAGGGGGACACGAUCAAGAUCCUCUCCAAGAAGGGUCACAGCGGCUGGUGGAGAGGAGAAGUUUACGGACGGGUGGGGUUGUUUCCAUCCAACUACGUGGAUGAGGAUUUCUCAGAUUACUGCUGACGAGCUCCUACUCGUCAACUCAGUCUCUGUGUGAAAGGGCCUGAGUGCAUUAAGGCAUAAAUGCAUGCAUGUGUGAUUGUGUGUGUGUUGGACUGGUAGUGAAUGCCCAGUGAUGUGAAUAAAUCUUUAUUCAGCUGAA